GCUGCGUUGUUGGCACUGGCCAAAGUCUAACGCGAAGUUGCGUGUUGCGAACUAAAAAGACGGUUAGUUAGUCUUCGUUUGCUGCGUGGGUCGGUCGCUUUGGUGCUGAAGUGGCCGCGUACUCUAUCCACUUGGAAAGUUUUUAGAUUAUCAAGAUGGCGACCGUCCCCGACGACAAGUUCGCGUUCGCGAUAGACCGCGGGGGGACGUUCACGGACGUGUGGGCGCUGUGUCCUGGGGGCAAGGAGCGGGUCCUCAAGCUCCUCUCUGAGGACCCCAAGCAUUACAAGGACGCGCCUACCGAAGCCAUCAGACGCAUCCUCGAGCAGGAGACCGGACAAGUAAUGCCGCGGUCGUGCCGGAUCAGCACGGAGCGCAUCGCCUGGAUCCGCAUGGGCACGACGGUGGCGACGAACGCGCUGCUCGAGCGAAAGGGGCAGCGUACGGCGCUCGCCGUCACCAGCGGCUUCAGGGACCUCUUGUAUAUCGGCAAUCAGGCCCGCCCCAACAUCUUUGAUCUGAGGGUGGAGUGUCCGGAUGUUCUGUACGAAGAUGUGGUGGAGGUUCACGAAAGGCUUCUGCCUGCGCUGAAGAUCGCAGAAGAUUAUCCUGAAGUACAACAGGUGGAAGGUAGCACGGGCGAGCGACUCCUACUCCUGAAGGAGCUGGACGAGGAGUUGCUGCGUGAGGACCUGACGAAGGUGCUCGCUAAGGGCGUCUCGUCUCUCGCCGUCCUUCUCCUCCACUCAUACACGUCAGAAUAUCUAGCUUAUUCGUAAUCAUUAGUAAUAGCUAGAGAAAUAUAGCAUGUCUUUUCCUCUAACGCUAUAUUCUAAAGCGUACAAUACGUCCUACUCCGUUUCUGUGCGUGCUGACCUAAUAAGCGAAAAUAAUUCAUAAUAUUUAAGUAUAAAUAUUACUUUUACCUCCAGGGUUUCAAAAGUGGGUUCGAGAACGACCUUGAAGGCGUGCGCGUCUUGUUCAUGCAGAGCGAUGGCGGCCUCACGCUCAUGGAGAAGUUCAUUGGAUCACGGGCCAUACUAUCGGGGCCUGCCGGAGGAGUCGUUGGAUACGCCGCCACUACCUGCCAUCAGCUACGUUCACUAAAAAAAUCCUUCACUCCUAACGGAACAGGGGAGAAUUCCCUUCCUAUCGAGCAACAAAAAGACUCGACUUCUUCUCCCGACACAAAAAAGGAAAAUUCCCUUCCUAUCGAGCAACAAAAAGGCUCGACUUCUUCUCCCGACUCAAAAGAGGAAAAUUCCCUUCCUAUCGAGCAACAAAAAGGCUCGACUUCUUCUCUCGACUCAAAAGAGGAAAAUUCCCUUCCUAUCGAGCAACAAAAAGACUCGACUUCUUCUUCGCCCGACACACAAGAUUCGUCAACACAGAAACCGUCGGAGGAGGACGACCCAAGCUCCAUGCCUGUGAUCGGUUUCGACAUGGGCGGCACCUCAACGGAUGUGUCUCGGUAUGCGGGUGUUUUUGAGCACGUCUUCGAGAGCACCGUAGCGGGCAUCACCCUGCAGUCUCCUCAGCUGGACAUCAACACGGUGGCGGCGGGCGGCGGGUCACGACUGUUCUUCCAGUCUGGGCUGUUCGUCGUUGGCCCAGAGUCUGCGGGAGCUAACCCUGGUCCCGUGUGCUACAAAAAAGGCGGUCCGCUGGCGGUGACGGACGCCAACUUGUUGCUGGGGCGGCUGCUGCCCGAACACUUCCCUCGUAUCUUCGGUCCUACUGAAGAUCAGCCCCUGGACGCGGAUGCCUCCAGGAAAGCUUUUGAAGAACUCGCCACCACGGUAAAUGAUCUUGAGCAUUCGAGAGGUAGCGACAAGACGCUAAGCCCCGAGGAGCUGGCUCUCGGAUUCAUCAAAGUCGCCAACGAGACCAUGUGUCGGCCCAUCAGAGCUCUCACUGAGGCCAAGGGCCACGACACGAGCCGCCACGUGCUCUCAGUGUUUGGUGGUGCUGGUGGGCAACACGCAUGCGCCAUCGCACGCAGCCUGGGCAUGCGACGCGUCUUCAUCCACCGCUACGCCGGCAUCUUGUCCGCGUACGGCCUCGCGCUCGCCGACACUGUGCACGACAUGCAAGUGCCGUGCGCCAAGAUAUACGAGCCUCAAAAUUUCGAGCAUUUGAGGCAGCGGCUGCAGGAGCUAGAAGAAGAGUGUCGCAGGAAGUUGGUUAGUGAAGGCUUCCCAGCGAGCAGCGUGAGGGUCGAGACGUUCCUGCACCUGCGCUAUAAAGGCACAGACUGCGCACUCAUGUGCCCCCCAGCAGCAGCAGCAUCUGGUGCCCAAGACGUCGCAGUGACCGGGGAGUCUAGUAGCAGUGAAGAGAAGUCUCACGUUUCUGCCGAAGACGAACAAGACAUUGAUGAAGGCAACGGUAUUGAGGGCUAUGGACGCUUCAUGAAGUCAUUUCUUGAAAGGUACUACCGGGAGUUCGGUUUCGUGUUGAAAGGUCGCGCCAUCUUGGUGGACGACGUACGAGUGCGCGGUGUGGCCGCGUCAGGCAUCCAGUGCCGCCAAACAGUCGCUAGCGCCGCAAGCCCACCGCAACCUUUACAAGUGAGCCCCGUGUACCUGGAGGAGGGCAUGUACCAGACGCCCGUGUACCGCCUGGAAGACCUGCGCGCUGGACACCUCCUGCCGGGGCCUGCCGUGGUGCUGGACAACCUCAGCACGAUACUCAUAGAGCCUGCCUGCCAAGGCGAGGUGACGGACGGUGGCAACAUCCUCAUAGAAAUUGGCACUGCGACCGCCAACAACAACAAACUUGCGACUAAACUCGACCCCAUCCAACUGUCAAUCUUCUCGCACCGAUUCAUGAGCCUUGCUGAACAAAUGGGCCGAGUACUACAGCGCACGUCCAUAUCCACGAACAUCAAAGAGAGACUCGACUUCUCUUGUGCCGUCUUUGGUCCUGACGGAGGCUUGGUCUCGAACGCACCCCACAUUCCUGUCCAUUUGGGGGCCAUGCAAGAGACGGUGCAGUACCAGUUGCGGGAGUUGGGCGAUGAUCUCGAAGAUGGCGACGUCCUCCUGAGCAACCACCCGGCGGCUGGUGGCUCCCACCUACCUGACCUCACCGUCAUCACGCCCGUCUUUAACAAGGAAAGGGAAAAGCCGAUAUUCUACGUGGCCAGCAGAGGCCAUCACGCAGACAUUGGCGGGAUCACCCCCGGCUCGAUGCCUCCACAUUCCACAUCCAUCCACGAGGAAGGCGCUGUUUUCUACUCAUUCAAGCUCGUCAAACGAAAAGUCUUUCAAGAGGCUGAAUUAAAGAAAGUGCUCAUGGCUCCGGGAAAGAUCCCUGGAUCAUCGGGAACUCGUAAUCUUGAAGACAACAUAUCAGACCUGAAGGCACAAAUUGCUGCGAACCGUAAAGGCAUCCAACUCGUUAAUGAGCUCAUUGAACAGUACGGCCUGAAAGUCGUGCAGGCGUAUAUGGGGCACAUUCAGACCAGCGCUGAAAUGGCUGUCAGACAUCUUCUUCGAGAGGUCGGUGAGCGCCACGCCGGCGAUGACGGCAAGGCUACACUGAGCGCCACAGAAUACAUGGACGACGGAACGCCCAUCGUUGUCACGAUCACCAUCGACCCGAAGCAAGGCACAGCUGUAAUUGACUUCGAUGGCACCGGUAUAGAGGUGUGGGGGAACUGCAACGCCCCGCGUGCAGUGACCGUGUCUGCGGUGAUCUACUGCCUGCGCUGUAUGGUUGGGCACGACACGCCCCUCAACCAAGGUUGUCUGGCACCCAUCACCAUCAAAAUUAAGGACGGUUGCAUCUUACAACCGUCCCCUGAAGCCGCCGUUGUGGGCGGAAACGUCCAGACGUCCCAGCGAGUGGUGGACGUACUUCUAAAAGCAUUCGGUGCGUGUGCGGCGUCCCAGGGCUGCAUGAACAACAUCACCUUCGGGGACGACACCAUUGGCUACUACGAGACCGUGGCUGGGGGAGCGGGAGCGGGCCCAAACUGGCAUGGGCGCAGCGGUGUGCACACCCACAUGACAAACACGCGCAUCACCGACCCAGAAAUUUUGGAAAUCCGAUAUCCUAUUUAUCUAAAAACCUUCACUGUAAACCGCGGCACCGGAGGAAGAGGAAGAUACCGAGGAGGAGAUGGUGUGGUGCGUGAGCUGCAGUUCAGGAAGCAGUUGACGCUAUCGCUGUUGACGGAGCGUCGCGUGUUCUGUCCAUACGGACUACGUGGCGGAGGCUGUGGCAGACGCGGCCAAAACAUUCUCGUGAAACGCGGCGGCCGCACCAUCAGGCUGCCGUCCAAGAGCUCUGUGCUGGUCGAGCCUGAAGACACAUUCCGGCUAGAGACUCCAGGAGGAGGAGGCUAUGGUUCAGCCGACGACUCUCAAGAGUCGCCAGAUGCGCGUCCCGUCAGAAGAUUGGAGGCGGCGCUCAAAGGAAGCGUUCACGACUAUUCCAAUGCCCAGCUUAUGGCCUAAUAGGUUAUCGUAAGCCGGAUUUACUGACUAGGUGUGUGUGAAAAUUUCGAUGUUACUUCAAUUCUUGUUCAAGGCUUAUUUAAUAAAUUCUAUGAAUA